GACACAGCACAGAAGGGUUUCCUUUCUGUCACCCCGAUGGCUGUUUUGCGCUCCUUCUCUGCAUCUCCUCACUCAUUUCUGCUGCUGCUCCUUCUCCUGCAAAUGCUGGGUGAGUGUUGAAAGGUAGACAUUGAACUUGCAGGCUUGCACAGAUUUCUAGGUAUGGUGAAGUCCAGUAUGAGCUACAACUUUCCAGAAAUUGCCACUCUGGUGCCCCCAAUAUAUUUGGGAAUUGGAGGGCACCAGGUUGGUGAGCCUUGGUGUAGCAAGAAAAUAUAGGGAACCUGCAGCAGUCAUCCAAGGUCCUUCUCUGUGUGCCUCUAUUACGGGAGUGCCUGUGUUAUAAGGGACCUUUUCAGUGGUGGCUCCCCAUUUGUGGAAUGCUCUCCCUUUUUACCUGAGCUUUUUAGCCCUGAAGUAGAAGGUUUCAAGUACUUGCGGUCUUUUUUUUGGUGCUGCAGGAUCUGUUAGACCCAACUUGCAUUUGUAGACAUGUGUUUUCUAGAUUUUUAAUGCUUGUGUUUCUCACAAUUGGCUUUAGUGUUUAGAUUGUGCUUGUAAGUAGCUUUGGGUAACUUUUGUGAAGUAAUAAUAAUACAGAAUAAUGCUAUAGGCCCCUGUGGUGGACAUGACCAAAGGUGGCAAUUUUGGAGGAACCAGUCCUUUCAGUUUUCAUAAGCAUAUCUCAAAGUCUCCAGAGUUUGCAUUAUAUUGAACUUGUAUAUUUCAUUGAAAAGUCAGGUCUUAGCAAGUUCUCUCAUAGGACAUUGAUUCUGUUGUUUCUGAAGAUGAAUUGCAAUGCUUCCCCAAUUUUGCAACAGUGAACGCCCCAUUUUCAGAUCUUCCCCAUAGGUUCCCCAUUCCUGCUUUCAAUGUAAUAAAGUAAUAAAACACGAGGCAAGAUUUGUCUUUGUUCUUCUUUUUUAAAUCACGGCUUUGUAGCUUUUCAAACAAAAUAUUUAGGUUAGAGGACUGUGGUUAGAGUGGAAACCAUUCCCCACCCCAAUUAUCCAUCAAUUAGUCUCUGUGAACAGAUUUCAUGUUUACAUAAGAAAAAACUGCUUCUUUCCCCUUAUGGGGUAUCCAAGAGCCCGUAUAGAGUCCUUAAGUGGGUCCCCUAUCGGUGGGAGAAAAUAACAGAGGCCAACUGGAGUAUAUUGAGAAGCAAGGCAGCUAGUAAGCCUGAUCUUUAUUAACUGUUGCAACAGGGUGCUCACUCCCCACACGCAGGAGGGACCCAGAACAAUGGUGGUGGUGGUUGUUGUUGUUGUUUAGUCGUGUCCGACUCUUCGUGACCCCCUGGACCAGAGCACGCCAGGCACUCCUGUCUUCCACUGCCUCCCGCAGUUUGGUCAAACUCAUGUUCGUAGCUUCGAGAACACUGUCCCACCAUCUCGUCCUCUGUCGUCCCCUUCUCCUUGUGCCCUCCAUCUUUCCCAACAUCAGGGUCUUUUCCAGGGAGUCUUCUCUUCUCAUGUGGGGGCCAAAGUAUUGGAGCCUCAGCUUCAGGAUCUGUCCUUCUAGUGAGCACUCAGGGCUGAUUUCCUUCAGAAUGGAGAGGUUUGAUCUUCUUGCAGUCCAUGGGACUCUCAAGAGUCUCCUCCAGCACCAUAAUUCAAAAGCAUCCAUUCUUUGGCGAUCAGCCUUCUUUAUUAUCCAGCUCUCACUUCCAUACAUACAUACAUACAUACAUACUGGAAAAACCGUAGCUUUAACUAUACAGACCUGUGUCGGCAAGGUGAUGUCUCUGCUUUUUAAGAUGCUGUCUAGGUUUGUCAUUGCUUUUCUCCCAAGAAGCAGGCAUCUUUUAAUUUCCUGGCUGCUGUCACCAUCUGCAGUGAUCAUGGAGCCCAAGAAAGGAAAAUCUCUCACUGCCUCCAUUUCUGCCACCCCUUAUGGACUCCCAAAUUCUGCUCUAACCCUCUGAAGCAGAUUUCAAGGUGCACUCGGGGGGGGGGUACUAGGGGGAGAAGCAGAAAACUAAUCUCUGCCCCAUGGGUGAAAGACAGUUCAACUCCAAAUAGCCAGGAACUGACCUAUGGGCCCUACAUCUUUUAGGGGCCCCAUGACAAGGGAUCAAACAAUAUUGAUUUGAUCUUGAAAGAAAAUUACAAUCAAGUAUUAUUAGGAGAUAAUUUCUGAGCCCGGACUUCCGGGUUGGCGCCUCUGGCAAUGGCGGAUUUCCUCCGAUCGGGAGGAAUCUGCUCUGUGGAAAAUAGGGUCUGAACUGCCACGGCGAGGCGGAGACCCAUCAAAAACCACAGGCGGGAGAAGCCUGUGGACGUGGGAUUCGGCUGGCACCUUUGCGCCCCCCCUACUCGUGGGGAAACCCGGUUUCGGGGAUCCGGAGCGACGUGGGGUGAGUGGCGCGGUGCUUUGAAUCGACUGCUUCUUUCACGGAGUGAAGCCGCACUGCUGUUGCCGGAGAGCGCUGACUUUUUCCUGUGGACAAUUGGAUUUUAAAUAACUGCCCGUGAGUAGAACGGAAAAUUGGAUUAAGAAAUUUCUUUUAAUUUGGCACUGAAGCGGGAAGGUCUAAACAGGACGUCCGCCUUCCGCUUUUGUAGAUAGAUUGAAGCAAAGACACGGCAAGCUAGAGUUUAGAAAGUCGUCUGUAAAGGAUCAAUUUUCAUCAUUUAAAAUUACUGAACCCCCCUUGGAAGCAGGAGAAGAGGGGGGAACUUUUUCUGGACUGUUUAAACCUGCAGAAGAGAGAGUAAAGAAAAGCAAUUUUCCACCGUCUUGAACCUGGGAGCGGGGUGUCAGGACAGAUGUCCUCGGGAAGUUCAUUGACUAUAGACAAACGUUUUUGACAGAUAGUUAAAAGAAGAAAAACAUAUUGAUUCCAUUGUUCCCCUUUGCAUCUAAAAGGAACAAAAUAUUGACAAAAUAUCUGAAAAAGGAAACUUUGUUGUUAGAUCUGCUUUUUUAAAAAAAGAGAUGGAUACAAAUAGAAGCUUUUUCCCCUAGAGGGAGCUUGUGAAACUGUGAUUAAAUCCGAACUGGGGAGCUUUGCAGCUGCAAUAGAUUAAGAUCGUGGGACCAGACUCUGACCUUGAACAAGAAUGUACUCGGAGGCUCUGGUGCUUGCCUUUUGCAAGACAAGUGCUUUAUUGGAACAGUUACAUGAGAAGAUGGAUUUGAUGACUGUUGUGAUCGGAAAUUUUGGACAGGCAGUGGGUACUUAUAUAGAACCCACUCAGGAAUUAAUCCAGGAGUGUGCUCUGACAGAUCAGAUGAGGGAGGAGGUUGUUGCUGGACCUCGGGAGGCAGAGAUGGAGGGAACUGUGGCCCAGCAGCAACAUGAGUUGUUGGAUUUGACGAAUGAACCUGGAAAAAGCCAGAUUUGGAGAGAUAGAGUCUUGUUUGGCUUGGAGAUGGGGGGCUGGAUAGACCCCCCUAUGCAGGGAUGUUUUGACCUUUCAAGUCUGGCUUUGGGCCGGGAGGAGUUCAGAGUUGUGGGGGCCCUUAACUUUGGAGGGACCUUGAAACAUGCUUUUAAAUACCACAUGGAGUUCAGUGUUGACUAUGGAAAAGGGGCUGAUCUGUCGAGAAGGGACAAAAAUAUUGUCAAGCUGGAGUCUCCACGAGUGAAAGGAGCAGAAGACAAAGUAAAGUACAGGUAUAAAUAUGAAGAAGACCUGCGGAAGGGACAUGGAAGAGAUUUAAGAGCCUCGGACAUAAGGUUACCAGGUUGAUGGACUAGAUGGAUGGGAUAGAAAGGACUGACAAAACCCGAGACCAGGAGGAAGAGACGUUGGAUGAAGAUUGGAAGAAAGUUUUUAAAAAAUUAUUUAGGAAAGUUUUGUAAAAUUAAUGAGUAUUAGAAAAAUGUUGGAACGAAAUUAUUUGGCUUUAGCAGAAAUGUUAAAAAGAAUUAUGUAAGAAUAUGUUAUGGUUAUGAGAAAUUGGUAUAAAUAAGAUUUAAGUUUUAAGCUUUAGGGUUUUUUAUGGUAAGAUAAGGUUAAAAUAGAUUAAGGUAAUUUAAUGACAGAAUAUUAUGAAAGAUGGAAAGGAUUUGCUGAGAUAAUUAACAACUAGAAUACAAAAAGGGAGGUGCGAGGAGGUCGAUGAAAUAAGGUAAUGACAGUUAAGGAUUUGGGAAUAUUGGAUCUGUUUUUAAUUUUUUUGUUUAUUUUUGCUUUUUGAUUUUGAUGUAUUAUGUGUUUUGCUUUUGCUUUUUGACUUUGAUUUUUAUUGAUUUUUAUUGUUUAAUUGUUACUUGUUUUUUCCUUCUUUUUUUCUUUGUUUCUUUGUAAUCUUAAAAUUCUCAAUAAAUAUCAUUUUUAAAAAUAAUAAUAAUAAUAAUUUCUGAGGCCUCCCCCCCAAAAAAAUUUUUUUGACUGCCUAGGGGCCUCCACAGGGUUCAAUCCGGUACUGUCUCACUCACACACAAACAAUGUUUAAUACAACCCAAAGUCUGGAGAAAAAGAAGAAGAUGCUGUUAUCAGACCCUCCAAGUGUCCCUGUUUCCCAAGGACAGUCCCGCAUUUACAGAAGCCAUCUUGGUUUCUAAUUUGAUCACAGAAUGUCCCGCUUUUCCUUAAAGGUAAAGGGACCCCUGACCAUUAGGUCCAGUCGUGGCCGACUCUGGGGUUGCGGCGCUCAUCUCGCUUUACUGGCCGAGGGAGCUGGCGUACAGCUUCCGGGUCAUGUGGCCAGCAUGACUAAGCCGCUUCUGGUGAACCAGAGCAGCGAACGGAAACGCCGUUUACCUUCCCGCCAGAGCGGUACCUAUUUAUCUACUUGCACUUUGAAGUGCUUUCGAACUGCUAGGUUGGCAGGAGCUGGGACUGAGCAACAGGAGCUCACCCCAUCGCGGGGAUUCGAACCACCAACCUUCUGAUCAGCAAGUCCUAGGCUCUGUGGUUUAACCCACAGUGCCACCCGCAUCCCAUCCGCUUUUCCUUAGGAUGUCCCUAUUUCCAUUGGAUAAAUGUUGGAGGGGAUGGAGUUCUCCAACCCCCGAGCUGUCUGAAGGCAGGCCUGUAUGGGGAAGGUAUUUUUUUAUGUUUAAUGUUUUAUUAUGUUUUUAUAUAUGUUGGAAGCUGCCCAGAGUAUCUGGGGCAACCCAGUCAGUUGGGUGGGGUAUAAAUAGUAAAAUCAUUAUUAAGGAAUAGGAAGUCCCUCUUUUCAUCAGAGAAAUGCAGGAGGUUACGUGCUACUCAUUUUGCUGCAGGUGCCAAAGGCCAAGAUUUGGAAGUUCUGCAGCCCCCAGGACCCUUAUCUGUGUCAGCAGGAGAGACCCUCACUCUGACAUGUACAAUGAGUGGAACUGGUCCACCAGGAGGCGUGAAAUGGCACAAGGGGUCGGACAGAAAACAGUCCAUUUACAGUGAAAGAGGACAAUAUCCCUCCCGCGUGACCAGGGUUGUUCCUGUAUCAGAAACAGACUUCAGCAUCCGCAUCAGCAACAUCCGACCUGAGGAUGCCGGGACCUAUUACUGUGUCAAGUACAGGGCAGGAUCCCAAGAAACAGAAUUGAAAUCGGGAGUGGGCACUGAGGUUUCCGUGAUUGGUAAGUAUCCCUCAAUUUCUCCUUGUUUCCAAGGAAGACUAUCUGCCCCCCUUGCCCCAGAAGCUCCACAUUAUGUAGAAAAGCAAAGGCAUCUAAUGAGGCUCAGACCUUUUCAAAAAGUGAAAAAUAGCCUUGGUGGGUGGCAUGUUUGAGUGAAGCAGUGAUGAGAGGAGAAAGGGCACAUCACUCCUGCCCUGCUGGGGGGGUUUUCUGCACAAAAAUCUAUUUCCUUCCCCUUCCCCAAGGGUCCCAAAGCUGCUUUUCAUUCUUUGAAAAUCUACACUUAUAAGCAUUUGCAUGCAACGUAAAUUUAACUGGUACAGAACCACAGCCCAAUGGAGAGCCUGUUGUAGGGCGGGUGGGGGGUGGAGAUGACAAGCUUUUUCAUCCUAAGGACUCUAUUCCCUACUGGUCAAUUUCAAAGGGGCACUAAUAAUAAUAAUAAUAAUAAUAAUAAUAAUAAUAAUAAUAAUGUAUUUAUACCCCGCCCUUCCCGGUUCAAAAACCGGGCUCGGGGCAGCCAACAACAAAUUUAAAACAGUUUAAAACACUUAAUUAUAAAAGCAGCAUAAAAUACAGUAUAAAAACAUGAAUAACAAUAAAGUUCAAAAAUCAAUUAGAUAAUCCCCAGGGCUAGCUGGCUGAAUUGGUCAUGCCAGGGGAUGGGAUAGAGUCAAAAAGUGGGAGAGUGACCAAUGUGAAAUUUUACCAGGCCAGCAAAUCAGGACCAAUGAGGGCAUAGCCUGGGAAGAAGGGGUGUGGCCUGAGGGAGUCCCAGGGGCCAGGUAGUCAUGUUUCCCCUCUAGCAAGUCCUGCUCUCAGGACUCCUGCUCUCUGUGGGAAUAAAGACUCCACCCCCCAGCCUGGUCUGAUUUCCUAAUUGAUCUGUUAAUAAUUUGGGCAUUUGAGGGAAGAGGGAGAGGGGCAAAGAGCAUCGCUCUCCGAUGAAGCACAGUGGUGGCCAAUGAAAGGACCUUUUUUACUAUUGAUAGAACCAUUGUCACCCUGGACAGCUCAGUUGGUUGGAGCAUGGUGCUGCUAAUGUCAAGGUUGCAGGUUCACUUCCUAUAGGGGACAGCUCAUAUUCCUGCAUUGCAGGGGGUUGGACUAGAGGACCCUCGGGGUCCCUUCCAACUCUAUGCCCACAUCAUUUUGUGGUCUUCUCUCUUUUUCUGCUUUUAGAUGUGGCAGACAUUCUGUGUUGUGCCUCCUUCCCUCCCUGCACCCAGGCAGCCAUUUUGUGACUGGUGCCCGCAGCACAAUCUCAGAAUUCCAAAAUGGCCCCCUGGCACCCCAAAGGAUUUCCCUUUGGAUUGGGGAUGGGCCGUAUCCCGCAGGGAAUGACAGGUGAUGUCACGCUUUCCCCCGCAGCCACGCCAUCCCAGCCAUCCAUCAAGGGUCCCGCGAGCAGAGUGUUAUCUGGGACCUCGGCGACUUUCAGCUGCACGUCAGAUGGGUUCUCCCCCCGAGCCAUCAAAGUCACUUGGCUGAAAGACAAUACCAGGAUCGUGUCCCCAGAGCCCACCGUUCUGCCAGAAGGAGACAGCAUCUCCUACCAAGUGCUGAGCACCGCACAGGUGCCACUCACAAGAGACGAUGUGAAGUCCCAGCUCAUCUGCCAGAUUGAACAUGAGACCUUGCGGAGUCCCCUGCGGGAGUUUUUCAAACUUGGAGAUAUCCUACGAGGUACAGAGACUGGUGGGGGUCUGGCUGUCGGGUGGCAGAUCAUUGCAAGGAAGGGGAAGAAGCUGUGGGUCUUGGAUGCCAGGGGGAAAGAGAGAUGAGCAGGUUGGUGCUCCAGGGUCCAUUGGGAGGAAGGGUAGAGUAUAAAUUCAAUACAUAAAUCUAUCUCCAUUGUACUCUAUACAGUAAGAAUCAGGAACAGUCUACUAGGACUUUGAGCAAGAUUCGGUAUGAAAAAGGGAUAGCAGGAAGGCUCAGAUCCAGCUUCUCAUCUGGACUGUGUGGCUUGAUUUGCUUUCCUUCCGUCAGAGAAAUUACUGAAACUACAGGAACUAUGGAGUGAAAAUUGAAAUACGUGUGAGAAGGGCUGAGCAAGUGGAGGCUGGAAUCUGAAAGCUGUGUUUGCAAGGAAACUAUGAGAGAAGGACAAAGGAGGGUGAUAGCCAGACCUGGUUAUUAGGAACUGUUGUAGGGGAAGAUUGAACUAGUAGAAGCUAGCAGAAGGAAGUACAGUGGAGGCUCAGGUUGCGAAAGUGAUCCGUGCAGGGGGCGCGUUUGCAACCCGCAGCGUUCGCAACCCGCAUUGCCGUGUCUGCACACGCGUGGGUCGUGAUUUAGUGCUUUUGCGCAUGUGCGAGCGCCAAAAUCCAGAAGUAAACAAUUCUGGUACUUCUGGGUUCGGCGUGGUGCGCAACCCGAAAACACACAACCUGAAGCAUCUGUAACCCAAGGUAUGACUGUAUUGCCAUAUGUGGACAUGCUUGUUUGCUUCCUCUUGCUUGUAAGUGUAUAAAUGUUUGUGCCGUUUUCAUAUCCUGUGUGCUAGCCCUCACUCCUUGAUGGUUGUUGUGUCACACUGGCCUUGCAACACCUAAGUAAAUGUCCUGUUUUGCUGAACUCUGGAGUGUGGAUUUCAUUGGCUGUCCAAGCUGAAUCCACGGGGUAUUGGGUACUGAACCACAUUAUUCCCCUGACACUUCUUGGUAAGACUGACAAUUCAUGCCUAACUUGGGGGAUUUCUGUAAUUAUAAACCGGUUCACCUGGCUUGCCAAUAAUUCUUGCUUGAUCCCAGUGAGUUGACUGGAGUGAUUGGCCAGGAGACCUGGGGACCUCAGUGUACAUUAUUGGCAAAGAACAUUCUCCAUGUCUUCAUUAUGCACAGAUGAACCUUUUCUCUAAAGUAUAGGUGGGAAUUUUGGGUCAAGUGACACGUUACAUGCAGGCCCCUUACUAGUCCCCUUGCUGGAGAAGCUUCAUUGGACGGGGGGGACAUGGGAAAAGUCUGUGGGAAUGUUCAGGGUGGCAGGAGAGGAUAUAUUGUUUAUUAAUAUCCUUCCUAACUUGCAUUAGCAAGUUCCUUUACUUAACAGAGUGCAUUCCCCUUUACACAGCAGAAAACUUAAGAAACUCAUGUGAGUUUUCCUGGUAAGACCCCUUGAAUCUCUCCUAAAAGAAUAAAGACACCACAGUCUUAUUGAUAAGCAAUAAAAAGAAAGUUUACUCACGAUCAGGCACAGCACAGUGUGAUCCCAGAAGGCAGGCUUAAGGCUUAAAGUUACAAACUUAUACUAACAGGUUUACCCCAUAAGGGAGAUUUACCUAGUGACUGCAAACUAGCAGUCCAGCAGUUCAUUCCAGGAAGUUCGCAGGACGAAAGGAAGAUGGAAAAGAAGGAGAGUGGCAGCACACCUUGGCCUUUUACCAGGUCUGGAAAGGUCACGCCCACCCACUAGUCACAUGCAAGAGGAAGGAUGCUCCAGCCCAGGAGGAACAGGAAGUUUCAACUGGCUGGACCAAACAUUCCCUUGCGUGUCCACUCUAGGAAAACAAGGAAUGUUGUACUUGACUGCUCCCAGUGGAUUACAUCCCACAAAGUCAAGUGGCAGGGCAAGGGGUCAGGUGCCCCUUCUGCCUCUACCAUGCUGCUUCUUCACUCUCAAUCGCUCCUCACAAAGGACUAAGAAAAAAGAGCCACUGUUAUGUAUGCAGCAUCCACUUUGGUCCUUAGAUAUGUUCACUGAAGGGAAAUGCGAUUCCUGCUACUAAGACAGAGGCGAAGGCUCAGGCAAACACCAAUUCUGAAGGAGAUUAGAUGUUUGACUGAUGCCUGCCCAGACUCCACUGUAGACAUGGACGGUAGCAUCCAACCAAGACCACCUGAUAUUGAUAUCUUAAUGGCCUCCAUAGAUCACCCAUUUGCCAACCUGGUAUCUUCCAGACAUUUUGAACUAUAAUUCCCAUCUGCCCCAGCCAGCACAGCUCUUGAUGUCUGUUAGGUACUGAGUUGAAUAGGAUCCAAAAUGCAGCAGUCUGAUUGGCCCUAGAACAAUAGGAUCCAGAAUGCAGCAGUCUGAUUGGUCCACAGGAGCCACCCAAUCCAGCUCCAGGUGGAAGUGAAUCUGCAACCUGAUUGGCCUACAGGAGAAUCCCGGAAUUAGCCAAUCACGUGGGGCCCAUUGUGUAAAUAAUGUCUAUAAAGCAGACAUUCUGGGGGAACUUCCAUUCCUCCUCACCACUAUGAGCUGAGUAAAGAGCAUGAAAUCCACUCUCGACUCCGAGUAUAUUUCAAUGUCCAAGACCUCUAGAGGCAUGGGCAUAGCCAAGGGGGGCAGGGAAGGGCAGCUGCUCCCUAAAUAAAAAUAAAUAAAAAUAUAUAGCUAACUGAGGUUCUGCCCCCCCCCAACAAAAAUUCUGGCUACGCCCAUGUCUAAGGGUCUUGAUCUCAAGGAGGGGGUGAGGCCACAUUUGCUUAAGCUGUGUAGCAGGCAUGAGAAGCCCAAUCCUACAUUUUUUCCACCCUGUGCAUAAUCUUAUAUACCUCUGUCAGGAGGAAUGCAAUUCCAGCACAUUUGAGAUUCCAGGAGCUAUUCCCUCUCAGGAACAGCAUGGUCCUCAUUCUGAUUUCUUUGCCUUUGUCCACACAGUUCCACCCAGAGUGAAGCUGGAAGCCAACCCAGCCAACCCCGUCCCGCUGAACGAAUCGGUGACCUUCAGCUGCAGCGCGGAAGGGUUUUACCCAGAAGACACAACCUUGGCCUUGACUCUGAACGGCAGCCUGAGUGAAACAGGAACGACUGAGCCCAUGGCCCAGAACGGGGAUGGGACAUUCAUCCUCAGGAGCUCCCUGAAGCUGAAUGCCACGGAAGACAGGAACCAGUCUGCACUUACUUGCCUGGUUACGCAAAACUCUCAGCCUGUAGCGACUGAAACGUCCGUGCUGAACAUCAGGGUGCCGACUGAAGGAAGUGAAAGCGUCAGUAUGGAGCCAGGUAAAUGUGGGUCCUGACACCAUAUUUUCGUGGUUUUUGGCCCCCACCCCUCAAUCCAUGUUUGCUUUUGUGUCAACACGUAUGUCUGUCUGUGUGCUGGUCUUCUUAUCUUCAGACCACUUCACACCUAAAGGUGAGGAUCUACAGCUCAUCGGAAGAGCAACCAUGUUCCAUGCAGUAAGGUAAAGGGACCCCUGACCAUUAGGUCCAGUUGUGACCGACUCUGGGGUUGCGGCGCUCAUCUCGCUUUAUUGGCCGAGGGAGCCGGCGUACAGCUUCCAGGUCAUGUGGCCAGCAUGACUAAGCCGCUUCUGGCGAACCAGAGCAGCGCACGGAAACGCCGUUUACCUUCCCGCUGGAGCGGUACCUAUUUAUCUACUUGCACUUUGAUGUGCUUUCGAACUGCUAGGUUGGCAGGAGCAGGGACCGAGCAACGGGAGCUCACCCCAUCGCGGGGAUUCGAACCGCCAACCUUCUGAUCGACAAGUCCUAGGCUCCGUGGUUUAAACCACAGCGCCACCCGUGUCCCUUUGUUCCAUGCAAUAGUUCCCAGGAAAAAGGCUUCUGCCCAAGACCCUGGAGAGGCCCUGCUAGUUAGUGUAGACCAGAUAUGGGCGCUGGUUGGUCCUCCAGAGCUUGCUGAACUACAGCUCCCAUCAGCCCCUGCGAACAUAACUAAUGGUGGGGGGUGAUGGGAGUUGAACUUCAGCAAUGUUUGGAGGGCCAAAGGUGCUUCCUGCUUGGUAUAGAUCAAAGGAUCCCUACAUAGUGCUUCAUGGUAUGCCCACCUUGAUGCCCAAUAAGACUCACUUGCCUCUUCUCAUUUUGGAGGGCGGUCCUGAGCACCACCAGUUUUUCUUUUGUGAAAUGCGUUGAGGUUCUUUUGUUGCCUGCAGCACACAUUCUUAGCUUUCCAAAUCUGGCCUUGGAACCAAAAAUGUUUGGGGUGCCCUUGGUGGAAUUGGUUUCCAGGAAACUUUAUGAGGGCCACAUGCCAUUGGCAGGAGGGGCCUGAGGCAAAUGUUUGUGGAGCAACAAAUUAGCCUUUGAAAAAUAUAAUACUUUCUCUACACAUUCACAUACCCAACUCUAACCGCCAUCCAGGAAAGCAGGAGUCAUUAUCAGAGUUCAAGGUGACAUUUUGAUGCUGGCCUCAGUUCAGUGCAUUUCUGGAUUGAUCUGAAGCAGAUGGGUCAAUCCAGGGCAGUUCAGACCAAUCUGGGGCUCAAAACACUCUCUAAGAAAGCCAGACAGCCUGCCACCAAAGUCUUGCAGAAUGACACCAUAUAAGGAGAACACCAGAAAGUGGGGAGCUGGGUUGGUAGCUCAGGCGUCCAAUUCAGGGCUAGCAUCUCACCCAACACUCUCCAAUCACAGUGAAGUGUUAAGAUCAGCAGCUUGCUUUUUAUUGCCUUUCUACUGUAAGUUCUCUGAAGAUUACCUUGUCAGAGUCUUCGGACAAACUCUUGUGCUUGGUGUUAAAUCUCCUGUUUUCUCCCUUGCAGGUCCUUUCCAGCUGUCCCCCUUCGGUCUCUGUAUCGGACUUAUUCUGGCCAGCAAACUCCUUGUUGUUGCUCCUUUCCUCUUAUACCUCUUCCUCAAAAAAGGACAUGGCAAGGUGAACUUGAGAAACACACCUGUGAGCACCUAGAGACAGGAGCCGGUGGACAGACCAUCCUAGAAAUUGUCUACCUUUCAAGUUGGUGGCCCUAAGCCAGGCUUCCUCAAAGUUGGCCCUCCUGAUGUUUUGAGACUACAGUUCCCAUCAUCCCUGACCACUGGUCCUUCUAGCUAGGGAUCAUGGGAGUUGUAGGCCAAAAACACCUGGAAGGCCAAGUUUGAGGAAGCCUACCCUAAGCCCUAAGUAGCUGAGAUACGUAGGAGAUCAUCUCACUGCUUAUAUCUCUUAUAUCCCAGUCUGUAAUUUUCCUCUGCCAGAGAGGAAUUCCUGCAGAUACCAUCUCAUGAGGUCCAUUUUGUACAACAUGGGAACAGUGCCAUCUUCCUUUUGAAACUCCCUCCCUAGUGCCUUUCCCAGUCCUGUUGAAUACAUUCUUUUUUCAACAAGCCUUUUCCCUGGAGAGUUUUACCCUGCUCUGUAUGUCCAUUGGGUUAGAAAUCAUUUUCAAAUAUAUUUUUCAUCAUUAUUAUUUUUUAAACGUUCUUAACUGUUCUUUCCCAGCAUUUCAGAACCUGGUGUCAGAGCAACAGAAUUUCAGAACCUGUUGCUAGAGCAACAUAAAUUAUUCAUGCCUAAUCAACUGUAUUAACUUUGUUCCUGGAGAAACUACCAUGUGAACCUAGCUAUUCUCUUACAGCAUUAUAUGAUAGCAAGAAGCAAAUAAAAAGAAUUGUUUGUUAUACAAA